AUGGAUCACAGCGAUUCUGAAUUCAGUUCUGAGGAGCAGGAGCAGCACAAUGUGUCACAGGUAACCAAUAAGAAGGAUGGAGGUGAAAAUUUUAUUGGGCAGGCAUACCUUGACAAACAAUACCCAUGGUAUGUAGACAGUUUACUAGAUAAGAAACAAACAAUUUCAUUUUUUGUUUACACUGGGGCAGAUGUCAGUCGUUUUCCGUAUGAGAUGUUACCUAAGGAAUUCAUAAAUCAGCUAACUUCAUGUGAUCCUGUGAAAGCAGCAGACAAUGAUAAAUUGGAUACAUUGGGAAAAAUAAGCAGAAAUUCUAUUAAGAUUUUAAAUUUCCCUACUAAAAAUGUUUGUUUGAUUAGUGAAUCUAUAUUAAAUAACAGAGAAAUAGAAUUUGUUAUAUCUGAACGUGACUUAAAAUAA